AUGAGCAAAGAAAAUCCGAUAUGGAAUUUUUUCACAUUAAAAGAACCACGUAAUUUAGCAUGGGGUCAAACGUGUAGGAAACCACUUAAAUACAGGAAAGGAAUGUCGAAAACGUCAAAUCUAAUACAGCAUCUUCGUCUUCAUCACGUCAAAUAUCAAGCUUUUCUACGUUUUCCGGGUUCCGGGUGUUCGACGACGAAACUUAUGAAGCAACGUUUCAAAUGUAACGAUUGCGGGAGAAAAUAUUCAUUUUUGGGAACUUUGAAAAGGCAUAAAAAAUUAGAAUGUGGUAAACCACCGCAAUUUCAAUGUCCCCUAUGCUCGUACAGGUGUCAUCAAAAAGGUAACCUUCGCGUUCACAUACGUGGAAGACACAAAUACGUUCAACAAUAUUCAUCCGAAACAUUAAGGGGAAAAAGGUACAUGGAAAUUUAA